AUGUUGGCCCCCUUAUCUACAAGGAUAGGCCAUGGCCUGGCCUGGUUUUUGCGGAUAGACCUGAAUCCAGGCCACCAUGCUAAGGAGGCUCCAAUUCCUAGAGUGGUAGAGGGUCAUGAUAGGGGCGGUCUGGGGACAACAUAUAUUGAGCAUGAGCCAACCAUGAUGGAAUGGUUCCAGCAAUACGAACCAUCGGUGCCCGGCUUUGUCUCUUACCUCCUUAGCCUUAUACCGUUUCUUUCGUGGAUCGGAAGAUAUAAUCUAAAAUGGUUGUAUGAAGACUUGGUCACGGGGAUCACGGUGGGGUGCGUCGUAAUUCCUCAAGGGAGUAAGUUUUGACUUUCUUCUCAUUCUUUCAAUUUCUCUGAACCUUUUUGUUUUACCUCUCCCCCCCUUUUUUUAUCUUUUAUUUGUGGGUUUGGAACGAUUGAAUACUCUCGCCGUCUUGUUUGCAAUCAAUUGACGAAUUGAGGGUGAUGUACUAUUUCGCAAUUGCACUAUAGUGGCAUAUGCCAAGCUCGCGCUCCUCCCCGGUGAAUUCGGUCUCUAUUCGUCAUUCGUCGGAGUUAUGAUCUACUGGUUCUUCGCAACUUCAAAAGAUAUCACAAUCAGUCCAGUGGCAGUAAUGUCCACGCUAGUCAGCAACAUCGUAUCUAAAGCCCCAAAACAUUCGAAAACUUUCCCCUAUACAAAAGAAGAUAUCGUCUCCUUGCUAGCCCUGGUUUGCGGCGGGAUCGUGACCGCAAUGGGCCUUCUCCGUCUGGGUUUCAUAGUAGAAUACAUCCCCCUUAUAGCAAUUGUCGCAUUCAUGACUGGCUUUGCUAUUAGUAUCGCAACGGGCCAGGUCGGCUCCCUGCUCGGUCUCUCUGGAUUUAACACUUGUGACCCUACGUACAAGGUCAUUAUCAAUAUCCUAAAGCACCUUCACACAGCACAGUUGGAUACAGCAAUGGGAUUAACCGCCUUGUUCUUAUUGUACCUGAUUCGUUGGAUCACCGGCACCUACUUACCGAAGAGAUAUCCUAGUCAUAAGAAGACUUGGUUUUUCAUCUCCACGUUGAGAACGGCGUUCACGAUCCUGUUGCACACUCUAAUUGCCUGGCUGGUGAAUUGGGGACGUUCCCCCAAGGAAGUACUUUUCAAGAUCCUUGGAACUGCCCCUUCCGGGUUCAAGCACAUGGGUGUUCCAAAGGCGAAGGCCAAGAUUUUUAACGUUUUCGUGGAUGAUUUGCUGGCGGCGGUUAUUGUGCUGUUAUUGAGCAUAUUGUAUGUUCUGCGCCAUCUUUGAUCACUAAUUGCUAGACUGCCCGCUAACCAAGAAUGAUUAUCAGGCGAUUUCGAAGUCAUUUGGUAGAAUAAACAACUACCAGAUUAACCCAUCUCAGGAACUCAUCGCGAUCGGGGUCACCAAUAUCUUCGGCCCAUUCUUCGGCACAUACCCCGCCACUGGAUCAUUCUCUUGCACAGCUAUCAAGUCAAAAGCCGGUGUGCGCACACCCUUCGCUGGAGUAAUCACUGGUAUUGUCGUCCUGCUGGCUAUUUACCUCCUGACCUCGGUGUUCUACUACAUCCCCAAUUCCAGUCUCUCCGCCGUCAUCAUCCACGCUGUCAGCGAUCUGAUCACCCCCCCCAACACAGUGUGCAAAUUCUGGUGCAUCUCCCCGCUAGAAGUGGUCAUCUUCUUCGCGGGUGUCAUUGUGACAGUAUUCACAUCCAUUGAGAAUGGAAUCUACAUUACAAUUGCGCUGUCUGCCGGCAUUAUGUUGUUCAGGAUUGCGAAGGCGAAGGGGCAUCUACUGGGUAAAGUUCAGGUCCGCUCGGUCACGGGUGCUAGUCUAUAUAGAGUCGACGACCGUAGUGACCAAGGGAGUGAAGUCGCGCUGCACAAUGCGCCUGCGGAAUUGGUUAAGGGCAGCGCUGCAAAGAAGACUCUGGGGCGCAGUCUUGAUGACAACAGUGCUAGAAACGUUUACUUACCAUUGGAUCUGGCUGACGGCUCAAACCCAAGCUUAAGGGUCGUAAGCCCAUAUCUGGGAAUCUUCAUGUACCGCUUCUCGGAAGGUAAUUCUCUCACUUCUCCUUCCUCUUCCUUAUAGUCCCUGACUAAUAAUGCCCAGGCAUCAUCUACGCCAACGCCUCCCACUACACCGAAAACCUCGUGCAGCACAUCUUCUCUGCUACCCGGCCUAACACGUCCGCGACAAUCAUCGACCCGGGAGACCGGGCCUGGAAUGACCCCCCACCCAAGUCCUCGGUCGCGGCCCAUACUCCGCGCCGUAAUCCUAGACUUUGCCUCUGUGAACAUCGUCGACAUCACCUCUGUGCAGAAUCUCAUGGACAUGCGCACGCAAUUGGAUUGGUACGUCGCACCCGACAUAGUAGAAUGGCACUUCAUCUCUAUCGGGUCCCGCUGGACCAAGCGUGCCUUGACUGCCGCAGGAUUCGGAUUCCCCAGUGAUAUAGAGGGGGAUUAUGAUGGUAAAAAGAAAGCCGGAUGGACUCCUGUAUUCUCAGCCGCAAGCAUUGAGGAGACAGUUGUCGUUGAUGAAAGCCUUAGAGAGAAGAAGGGCUUUGAUAAGGAGGGUAGGAGACCGCUUAAUGGGAGCCGCUCCUCCGAAGAGGACGAUAAUGGGGUCGGAAGGAUUGGAACGACUGGUGCUGGUAAGCGGAGGGUUCCUGUCAUCAUUGGUGGGAUUGGUGGGCUGUUUUUCCAUGUUGAUAUUGAUGGGGCAUUGAGGAGUGCUAUUGCCUCUAUUGAGGGUCGUUAA